AUAAGAGCAAUUUCAAGGUUUUAUUCUUCUGAUAUUGUUGGUUUCUUCGUUUCUGUGGGUCUGACUCGGUCUCUCUCUUUUCGAGCCAGAACCACCGAAAAACCCACACUGUAUAGCAAACCCUAAUUCUUUGGUCUCAGAUCGGCCAUGGCUUCCAGUAAAGAACGCGAGAACUUCGUUUACGUCGCUAAGCUCGCCGAGCAGGCCGAGCGUUAUGAUGAAAUGGUGGAAGCAAUGAAGAAUGUUGCAAAGCUUGAGGUUGAAUUGACAGUUGAGGAAAGAAACUUACUUUCUGUUGGAUACAAGAAUGUGGUUGGUGCACGGAGAGCCUCAUGGAGGAUCUUAUCAUCAAUAGAGCAGAAAGAAGAAGCUAAAGGAAAUGAAGCAAAUGCUAAACGCAUCAAGGAAUACAGACAAAAGGUUGAAACAGAGCUCUCUGGUAUUUGUGAUGAUAUCAUGACAGUGAUUGACGAGCACCUAAUUCCAUUGGCUUCAGCUGGGGAAUCAACAGUGUUCUACUAUAAGAUGAAAGGAGACUAUUAUCGUUACCUUGCAGAAUUUAAAUCUGGUAAUGAGAAGAAAGAAGCAGCUGAUCAAUCGAUGAAGGCAUAUGAGGCUGCAACCAGCUCAGCCGAAUCUGAAUUACCCCCCACACAUCCUAUCCGUUUGGGUUUGGCAUUAAAUUUCUCAGUCUUCUAUUAUGAAAUCCUGAAUUCACCCGAAAGGGCCUGCCACCUUGCAAAGCAAGCUUUUGAUGAAGCCAUCUCCGAACUUGACACCCUUAACGAGGAGUCAUACAAAGAUAGCACCUUGAUCAUGCAGCUUCUUAGGGACAACCUUACAUUAUGGACUUCUGACAUCCCAGAGGAUGGAGAUGAUGCCCAAAAGAUCAAUGGAACUGCCAAGAUUUCUGGUGGUGACGAUGCCGAGUGAAGCGGAUAGCAUCAUAAGUGGCAGAAUCACUACUCUGGAGAUGAUGGAUGUGACUCGAUAAUUGCUCUUGGUGUUUAGCAUAAGGAGGGUUCCUUUUAUUAUCUUCCCUUUGUUCUUCUCCUUUCCCCCCCUCCCCCUUUUCUGAUGCCCAUUAUGGUGUGGUUUUAUUUUUGAGUUUGAUGUCUGGACACUUGUUUGGUCUAUAAUCUUGCAUUCGCACAAGCUUUCCCUUCUCAGUGGAUAUGGUCUCGAUAGGUUGUAGGGGGAUCGACUUGAAUGUUUAUCCAUCCUGUUUAGAUGAAAAAUGGCAUUGCCCAAAUGGAGCCUUUCUGUUGAAGCAUUAUAUAUAUGUUCUGUGUCAAAUCUUAUAAAUAUAUCUUUCCUACCUUCCUCAUGCUCUUA